UGUAAAUCAGAGUUUUCAUUCGCUCUAAAAACAUGACAUUCAAGACCCUGUGCCUUAUUCCACUGGAUUGUCCUCGAUUUCUCUCCAAGCCCCUUCACCUCCAACUUUUAAGUUAAUAAGCCGAUGUCCCCAUGUAAUUACCGCAAAGUUCAGCCCGAACAUCCGAGCGCACUCCACCACUAAGACUUUUGAGUUCAUCCAUCCCAUUUCCUGGACCCAGUUCCUGAGGGAGGGCCAACGACGCAGGCAUGGGAAAGUUCGCCCCACUUUUUCCGAUUACAUCGAUUCCUUUUUAAAGAAGGCGAACACCAGUCGACGUAAGCUGUGUAGACCCCCACUGGAAGGAGCGGCCGGCAUUAACAGUCCACUCAGUGCGGAGCCGAUAAGGAGACAGACCCCGCUCCACGAGAGAGAAAGAAGCAGAGGAUGUCCAGGGCUGACUGGUCCUUCCUGGAGCACCUGCUGGAGGAGGGCCAGGAGUAUUCGACAGGCAUUGGCCGCAUCUGGCUUACCGUGCUCUUCCUGUUUCGCAUGCUGGUACUGGGAACUGCUGCCGAAUCGGCCUGGGAUGACGAGCAAGCUGACUUCAUCUGCAACACACGACAGCCUGGCUGCACUGCUGUCUGCUACGACAAAGCCUUCCCCAUUUCCCACUUUCGCUACUUUGUCCUUCAAGUCAUCUUCGUCUCCACGCCGACCAUCUUCUAUUUUGGAUAUGUAGCUAUAAGGGCUAGGAACGAAGCGAAAAAAGAGGAAGAAAAGGCUAAUGAAGGAGGUGGUGGGGGAAGUAAGAGAGGGGAAAUUGUAAUAGAAAGGGGCAACAAAAAUGUGACUGAAGACAAUGUAGAGGAGAAGGAGAAAAAAGACAAUGGUGGGAAAGGUAGAAAAGCUGACAAGGCUCCUCCUGAGGCCCUUAAAAUGAAAGGCAGACUGCUGUGUGCAUAUGCAUCCAGCAUCCUGUUAAAAGUUAUCCUAGAAACUGGCUUCAUUGUAGGGCUGUGGAUCCUCUAUGAUGGCUUCUUUAUAGCAGCAAAGUUUGAGUGCACAGGGUUCCCUUGUCCUCAUACGGUGGACUGCUUUGUCUCCCGACCCACGGAGAAGACCAUCUUCACCAUCUACACUCAGGUGAUUGCUGCCAUCUCCCUGCUUCUCAACCUCGUUGAGCUCCUCCACCUCCUCCAGCUUGCCAUCUCCCACCACCUGGAGAAGCGCUACCGUACCCGGCACCAAGACUAUCUUUGGUCUGGGCGGGUACCAGCCCGACAAAAGACUUCCGAGCUUCAAACAGAGGUGUUGCGGCCUUACACAGCAGGGAGCCAUGUAAACAUCCCCAUGCAGGUUGAGACUACAUGCCAUCCCAACCCCUGUGAGAGCUACAGGGAUCCGGUAAUAGAGGCAAACUGGGGACGUGAGGAAGCUGCGAGUGACCUGCUCCCUAGUUAUGUUAACUGCAUGGGGGCUAUGAAGAUGUCACAUUCCCCUAGAGCCCAUUAUAAAAAUCAUGAACAACACACUGUUCAAAAUAGUAAGGGUGCCCAUAAGGGACACUCAAAGCAGAAGCAUUAUGUUUGACGCAGUCAGAUGGCCUGAUAAGUUGUUUAUCACUGUGAAAGCUUUGUUUGGUUUCUAAAUCUUCCAGUUUUUUAUGAAUAUUUGAAUAAAUACUAUCCUGCACAUGACACUUGGGUAUCAGGAGUGCACGAUGGGAGCUCAUAUUUGGCAGAAGUGAAGAACUAUUGAUCUGUGAACUCAAUGCCUCAGAGGCAGGUAGACUUUCAAAAAGAGAUUUACCAGAUAAAUGGACCUACUGUUUUUAAGAACACUCUCCCAGGAAAUGAAAAUGAGACUCCACUAUGAGUGAAUAUUACAGUCAUAAGAUGCUUUCUUGUUACAUUGAAUGGCUUUUAGCGCUUAAUGUGACAGUGGAAAAAAAAACACUGCAAAGGGGGGUCUGUGGAGGGUCUAGGGAUAUUGUGAGUGUGUAUGGGGAGGUCAUGCAGCAGAACCGGAUUUAUGCAUAUUCCUCUGAGAUUUGCACUGGAGUUGUUUGAAGCCCCCUCCUCUCCCGAUGGCUCCGUCCACAAUGAGGAAUGUACUGGUCUCCGGGUCCUGCUCAGCUCCCAAGAGGAUAAUGCUGCGUGGAUGCAGGCAUGCAUGCAUGCACACAUACAAUAUACUUUUCCCCCUUUCACCCAAAGAGUAUGGGUCACUUGAGUUGGGGAUAUGGACUGGGAAGGCAGGGGUAAAGAGCAGGGGAGCCAAACCAUGGGAAUUCCGGGAUUGUACAUAUCAUUGCCAGUAUCCGUAGUAUUUUAUCUAAGAAGAAAGAGGGAGAGAGAGUACCACUGCAUACUUCAUCAUGACGGCUGAAUAAUGAAAGAGAGACAAGCACCCAGUUUGAAAAGCAAACCUUUUAGUGAGCUUGCGAGAGAACUCAAAAGUGCAUUACUAAUUGCACAUGGGAUGGACUGAAAGAGGUAAAGAGAUGUGCAAAUGCAAUGAAAGGAAAUGACUAAUUAUGUGAAGAUAGUGAAAAAAUAUCAAUGUUAAUAUUUAUUAUUUUGAAUGAAAAUAAAGUUUAA